AUGCAGGCCCCUGUGCUGGUUAUGAACACCCAGAGCGGUGAGCGGCAGACUGGUCGCAAGGCUCAACUCUCCAAUAUUGCAGCUGCUAAGACUGUCGCCGACAUUAUUCGAUCAUGCUUGGGACCCAAGGCUAUGUUGAAGAUGCUUCUAGACCCCAUGGGAGGUAUCGUCCUUACCAACGACGGUCACGCUAUUCUCAGAGAGAUCGAGGUUUCGCACCCCGCAGCAAAGAGCAUGAUCGAGCUCAGCCGGACACAAGACGAGGAAGUUGGCGAUGGAACCACGACGGUCAUUAUCCUAGCUGGUGAGAUGCUUGCCCAGUCUUUGCCCCAGCUCGAGCGCAACAUCCACCCCGUCCAGAUCAUCGCCGCCUUCCGCCGGGCGCUCAAGGACGCCCUCGAGAUCGUGGACGACAUUUCCCUCCCUAUCGAUGUGAAUGAUGACAAGGCUAUGCAAGGCCUCAUCUCCUCCUCUAUCGGCACCAAGUUUGUCUCGAGGUGGUCGGACCUGAUGUGCGACCUUGCCCUUAGAGCCGUCCGCACCGUCACGUGGGAGGUCGGUAACGGCAAGACAGAGGUUGAUAUUAAGCGCUACGCGCGUGUGGAGAAGGUUCCUGGUGGCGAGAUUGAAGACAGCAGAGUUUUGGAUGGUGUUAUGCUCAACAAGGACAUCACCCACCCCAAGAUGCGUCGGAGAAUAGAGAACCCCAGAAUCGUCCUUCUCGACUGCCCCCUGGAGUACAAGAAGGGCGAGUCGCAAACCAACAUUGAAAUUUCCAAGGAGGAGGACUGGAACCGCAUUCUACAGAUUGAGGAAGAGCAGGUUAAGGCCAUGUGCGAGUCUGUCCUCGCCCUCAAGCCUGAUCUGGUCAUCACCGAGAAGGGCGUCUCAGUUGCAGAUCUUGCCCAACACUAUCUGAUGAAGGCUAACGUUACUGCUCUCCGCCGUGUCCGCAAGACGGACAACAACAGAAUAGCAAGAGCCACGGGCGCCACUAUCGUCAACCGUGUUGAUGACAUUCAGGACUCGGACGUCGGCACGCUCUGCGGUCUCUUUGAGAUUGAGAAGAUUGGCGACGAGUACUUCACCUUCCUCACCAAGUGCAAGAAUCCCAAGGCUUGCACAGUGCUUCUCAGAGGCCCAUCCAAGGAUGUGCUCAACGAGAUUGAGCGUAACCUCCAGGAUGCCAUGGGUGUCGCCCGGAACGUCAUGUUCAACCCCAGACUCGCCCCUGGCGGUGGCGCUACCGAGAUGGCUGUCUCGGUGCGGUUGAGCCAGCUCGCAAAGAGUGUCGAGGGUGUUCAGCAGUGGCCUUACAAGGCCGUUGCAGACGCACUCGAGGUUAUCCCCCGCACUUUGGUUCAGAACGCUGGUGCCAGCCCCGUCAGAGUCCUGACGGAUCUGCGCGCCAAGCACGCCGAGGGCAAGCACUCUUGGGGUAUCAACGGAGACAGCGGUGUGAUUGCAGACAUGAAGGAGUACGGCGUUUGGGAGCCGGAGGCUAUCAAGCUGCAGAGCAUCAAGACGGCUAUCGAGUCCGCCUGCUUGCUCCUCAGAGUUGACGAUAUCUGCAGCGCGAGAAAGGCUGCGCAAGUAGGCAAUGGCCUGCACGGCGGCGGUGACGAAUAA